AUGAUUGAACAUUCCUCCUCACAUCAGAUCCAUCAGGAUGCCUCACCGAACGAGGAGACUGAUUUCAAUGAAACCAAGGAGAAUACCACAGCUGAAUAUGGGAUUAGAAAAAGGAGAAACCAACAACAUCCAAAUUCCGAUAAUGAUGAUCAUGAAACAGAACACACACAAAAAAUUAAUGACGAAAAGCAAAAAAAUCAUAUAAGAAACACUUUGACUUCUGCUGGAAAAGGGCUUUCAUAUUUAUUAUCCUUAUCAUUUCUUUCGAAAAUUGUUACAUUUUUGGCCAAUACAUACAUUAUUAGACAGUUAGAUCCUGACACUAAGGGAUUCAUUUUCAAAUCUGAGCUAUUUGCAAUGACAGUAAUUUUUUUGUCUUCUGAAUGUUUCAGACGAGCCUGCCUGAGAAGUAAUGUUGGCGGAACAGAAGAAACUAGCAACACACAAUACUUAAAAAUUAGAACAAUGGCUCUUUUGUCUGUUCCAUAUGGGAUUAUUGCUCUAUUAAUAUGUUAUUAUAUAUGGGGAGUUUAUUACAUACCAAAAGUGGAUGCUAAAAUAUCCCCUUUAAUCUUGUAUAGCGUAGCAAUAUUGAUUGAAAUUUUUGCUCAACCAUUCUAUAUUGUUUCGAUGGCACAAUUGGCUUUUGGAGUUCGGGUAUCCAUAGAAGCCGCUGCUCUCUUUGUAAAAAUUGUUACUAGCUUUGUAAUUGUGAAUAUCUUUGACAUUUCUACAGUUUUGCAAUAUUAUGGAUAUAGUCAAAUUUUCUACAGCGUCACAAUUUUAAUUGGAUACUUAAUUGACAGAAUAGGUGCUAAAAAUAACGAAAGAGAAAGAUUUAAAAUUGUUUGGGAUUGGAAUUUAUUUGGGCUGUCACAAAGCUUUCUGUAUCAAUCUCUUAUCAAAUAUAUUUUAACUGAAGGGGAGAAACAUAUUUUGAUUCUUUUCCAAUCCCAGUAUGACCAAGGAGUUUUCGACUUGGUAUUUAAUUUAGGAUCACUUGCUGCUAGACUAUUGUUUCAAUAUAUUGAAGAAACAAGCUUUUCAAUUUGGAGCAAAUUGAGCGUAAUAAUCAAUAGUGAGAAUUCCAGAUCUACACAAGACAACCAGGUAGCACAAGAGGCAAUCUCUGCAAGCGCAAAAGUGCUUAUUCUAUUCUUGAAAACAUCAACCUUACUUGGUUGUUUGUUCGCGUUCUUUGGACCAGCAUAUUCUCAUACCUUAAUCUAUCUACUAUAUGGAACCCAAUGGGCAAACCAUACAGAGGCCCCAAAAAUUCUUUCUAUUUAUUGUAUAUACAUAUUAUUUAUGUCUUUGAAUGGAAUCACAGAAGCAUUUAUUCAUUCUCUUUCAGAACGAACAGAAAUUAUCAAACUCAAUUAUGUGAUGAUUUUAUUUUCAGUUCUGUACAUGAGCGUUUGUGUGACGUGCUUAUGGAUUUUUAAUCUUGGCACUAUCAGCAUGAUCAUUGCUAAUUGUUUCAACAUGUUCAUGAGGAUUUCCUACAGCAUAUAUUUCAUCAUUCGCUUCUAUAGCAAGCACCAACAACACUUGAAUUCAAACGUCAAACAAAUUCUAUUGGAGGCUUUACCAUCGAAAUUUGUAAUUCUGACACUAGUUGUAUGCUUGAUGGUAACCAAAUAUGUGGAAAUUAACUUGGAUAUUGACUCUAAACCUCUCUUCUCGCCAAUAAGAAUUGGUCAUGUUGUUCUAGGCAUUGGAUUCCUCUCAUUUCUUGUGGGUGUUUUGUUUAAAUUCGAGAAGCAGUUCAUUGCUCAAUUUCAAAUGUUUCGACAAGGUAAAUUAUUGAGUCGUGAGUGA